UGUCAUUUGACGGCCGAGUUGUUUAAAAUUGUUUACUCUAAAAUAGAGAGAAAAUAUGAAACUCUACGCGUUCAUUUUCAUUUUUAAUUGUGCACAUUUUUCCAUGCCGUUGGACUGCUUUUGGAAUUCUUGUCAAUAUAAAAAAUUUUCAAGUAAAACUCCGUAUAACUGUAUUAGAGAUGAUAUCAGGGAUUCUGUUGUGAAGCUUGACGGAUGUGACGUUAUAAGCAUUUGGACAAUAAUAAGGCACGGGAAACGAAGUCCAGGAGGAAAUUAUAGUCUCUAUAUGAAAGAUGCUAUAUCGCUGCGAAAUAAAGUAAAAUCCAGCUAUGAGAAAGGAACUAGGUUUCUGUGUGCACAAGAUGUGGAAAACUUGAUUAAUUGGCAAGUUGACAGCGAAUUGUUUGAUAAGGCUCACAGCUUAACCAGAGAGGGCUAUCAAGAAAUGUUCGGGAUUGGAAAGAGGUUAAGAGAGGCCUUUAUACAACUGUUGGACAAAGUGGAAAAUGGAAGUUAUGUCAUACGAUCUGCGUAUGGACAUUGGGUUGAAAAUGGCGUGAUCGGUUUCGUUGAAGGUUUGUCGAACAACAAGAGUAUGGAGAUUCAGCAUUUAGCUCCACAAAAUGAUAGUUUAGCGGUUUAUUAUAGAUGUCCGAAAUAUAUGAAGGAAAUUCGUAGACAUCCUAAAACAUAUAGCGAAUAUGAUACAUAUCUUGAAAAUAAGGAAUAUCUAGCAGCCAAAAAGAGAAUAGAAAAUCGAGUUGGCGUGGAGCUUACAAAUGACAACAUUACCGGUCUGUAUGACCUUUGUCGGUAUGCCUGGUCAGCCAUCGACAAUAAACCAAGUCCCUGGUGUGCUUUAUUCUCAAUGAAAGACCUUGAAGUUAUGGAAUAUGCUGGAGAUUUAAGACAUUAUUAUAGGAAUGGCUUUGGGAAUCAAUUAAAUGUACUAAUGGGCGAGAUUGUCAUAUCUGACCUGUAUAAGAAGUUUAUACACGCAAAAGAUAAUCGUGGUGUCAAAAUUGUAGCAUAUUUUAGUCAUGCCACGAUGCUGGAUAUGGUAGUAUCAGCUCUUGGGGUAUUUAAUGAUAAAAUGCCUCUCACGGGUACAUUUCGUAACGUGAAUAGAAAAUGGCGUUCUUCAAAAGUAUCUGCAUUCGCAGCGAACCUAAUUGCAGUUUUGUAUAGAUGCGGAAACGUUUACAAAGUGGGAUUUUAUUUAAAUGAAGAGCUUUUAACAUCAAUGUGUGAUAACGGAAUAUGUUCGUGGCAAGAAUUUGAAAAUAAAUUGAUACCAUUUCUAAACGUAACUCUUGAAGUGUGUUUUUAAACGCAUAAACAACUCAGUUGAUGAAAACGCUGACUUGAAGAAAUUGUGAAAGAAGCGUUAUACUGUCCUUGUAUAACAAACUAUAUCUACUUAAACUCACGUUAACACUUACGUUUAUAUUCAGUAACAUUAUACUAAAUGUUACGUUUCGCAAAUAGCUGCUAUUAAAAAAAAAAGAUUUAUCUAGAGCAAGUCAAUUUGUCACUUUCUUUGAUACUUUGAAACACGUGGAUCAUAAAAACCUUGGUGUGGAGAUAUUUCUAAUAUUAAUGUUACACAAAAACUACAUUGCAUUGAUUUUGUAUAUAAAUCUUAGAGCUUCAUAUAACAUUACCAUAUACUGUUUGUAGAAAUAUACUAGAUAGAUUUUGGAAAUUGUGAGUUCUGUCCCAGACGAAAGCAAUGUACGGGUUGGUCAACUCUCUUUCAAACGCUAAUUAUGUACGAUUUAUCCUUGAACCUAGUCAAGUUACUUAUACUUAAUAAACUAAUUUAUGCAUUU